UGAGCCAUUCGACGCAUAGCUCUAGUCAUUAUUGUGAUGUUGAUCAUGUCCUCAUUAUCAUUUUUCCUGCACGGAGAGGAGCUCAUGUUGCCGGUGCUGGCGAAGAUCGUGAUUGUCCUUCCGAUAGUCGUUGUUUUCUUCCUCAGUGACACGCGCCUGUUUGCUGGAUGGAGGAAUGGCUGGUAUUCAGGUCACAAGGUGCGGGAGAAGGUCAAAAAGACCCUCGGGUGAUGCUUUUAGCCAGCUAGAGUGCGAGGUAUGACCUCAGGGACGUAGAGGGCGUUCGUAAGGGUAGUCAGUGGCGUUCUACGAGGUCGACGGCCAUGGCAAGGACAUCAUAAUUGGAGCGGUUGUGAUAUUCCAGAAGGAUGCGACGGGUCGGGUGGACUUUCACAUGCAAAUAAUAUGCUUUAUCGACCAAUCACGUGGA